AUUCCUUGACUCCUGUCCACCUGGUUUGAGCGUGCCAGUAUGCUGGUGAUCCUGCUGAACUGUGUCACUCUGGGAAUGUUCCACCCCUGUGAGGACAGCUCCUGCGCCUCGGAACGAUGCACCAUCCUCCAGAAAUUUGAUGACUUCAUCUUUGCUUUCUUUGCUGUUGAAAUGGUGAUCAAAAUGGUGGCCCUUGGAAUUUUUGGGAAAAAGUGUUACCUUGGCGACACAUGGAAUCGUCUGGACUUCUUCAUCGUUGUGGCAGGGAUGCUGGAGUACUCCCUGAACCUGCAGAACGUCAGCUUCUCAGCGGUGCGCACAGUCAGAGUCCUCCGGCCCCUGAGAGCCAUCAACCGGGUUCCCAGCAUGCGUAUCUUGGUCACUCUGCUCCUGGACACUCUGCCCAUGCUGGGGAACGUGCUGCUGCUCUGCUUCUUCGUCUUCUUUAUCUUCGGCAUCGUGGGCGUUCAGCUGUGGGCGGGACUCCUGCGGAACCGCUGCUUCCUGCCUGAGAACUUCACUCUCCCUGCAUCCCUUGACCAGUACUACCACACAGAGAACGACGAUGAGAACCCCUACAUCUGCUCGCAGCCGCGCGAGAACGGCAUGCGAUACUGCCGCAACAUCCCGACGCUCCGCGAGGAGGACCUGGAGUGCACGCUGGGCUACUCCUCCUACAACAGCACUGACAACACCACCUGCGUCAACUGGAACCAGUACUACAGCAACUGCUCUGCGGGCCAGCACAACCCCUUCAAGGGAGCCAUCAACUUCGACAACAUCGGAUACGCAUGGAUCGCCAUCUUCCAGGUGAUCACACUCGAGGGCUGGGUGGACAUCAUGUACUUCGUCAUGGACGCCCAUUCCUUCUACAACUUCAUUUACUUCAUACUGCUGAUCAUAGUGGGCUCCUUCUUCAUGAUCAACCUGUGCCUGGUUGUCAUAGCAACCCAGUUCUCCGAGACCAAGCAACGGGAGAGCCAGCUGAUGAAGGAGCAGCGUGUGCGGUUCAUGUCCAACGCCAGCACGCUCGCCAGCUUCUCUGAGCCAGGUAGCUGCUACGAUGAGCUACUCAAGUACCUGGUCCACGUGGUGCGCAAGGCCAGCAGACAGCUAGCCCAGGUCUAUCUCACUGUAGCUAGCAAGACAGGGCUUCCUGUGCGGGUCAGCAAGAGGGCGGACCAGCGGCCUUCCCGCAAGAGAAGGAGGAGGAAGCAGCAGCGGGCUUCUGUCCACCACUUAAUCCACCAUCACCACCACCACCACCACCACUACCAUGUGGGCAACGGCAGUCUGCGGGCCCCUCGGUCCAGCCCAGAGCUGGGGGACGUAGAGACGGGUUCCCUUCAGAACAGCACUGGCCGUCUCAUGCUCCCAGCCCUACACGGCACCAGUACCACCCAACUUCCUCCCCCUCCUGGCAGCGCAGACUCUGUGCACAGUGUUUACCAUGCAGACUGCCACUUUGAGCCCAUCCGCUGUACCCCCAGCCCAGGAUUGAUGCCCCUUGAGGAGCUGAAGAGGAAUACACCAUCCCCGGGUGCCACUGCCUCCAGCACCGCAUCCGCUGUGCCCAAAAAUUACCCCACUGUGCACCUGUCCUCCUCCCAGGACAUCCAAAAGGAGAAGGCACUGGCAGACCCUGCUAACAGUAGCUGCGCCGGAACCCUAACCAACCUUAACAUCCCACCAAGACCAUUCAGCACCAUGAACCGCUUACUGGAAACACAGAGUGCCGGCCCCUGCAAAGGCUCCUGCAAGCUGUCCAGUAACUGUGGAAACUUAGACAACCUGACGUGUGACCCUGAGAACUGUCCCUACUGUGUCAAAUCCCUGAACAACGACUCUGAGGGCACAGACAAUGAGACCAUGGACUCGGACAGUGAGGGGGUCUACGAGUUCACCCAGGACGCCCACUACAGCGACCGCCGCGACCCCAAGAAGAAAGGUUUUAAGAGGGCCAGGCAGGUCCUGAAGCUCUGGAAGCUGGUGGGCGAGACCUUCCGCAAGAUUGUGGACAGCAAGUACUUCGGACGAGGGAUCAUGAUCGCUAUUCUCAUCAACACUCUCAGCAUGGGCAUUGAGUACCACGAGCAGCCUGAGGAGUUCACCAAUGCUUUGGAGAUCAGUAACAUUGUCUUUACCAGCCUCUUUGCUCUGGAGAUGCUGCUCAAGGUGGUGGUGUACGGGCCCUUCGGCUACAUCAAGAACCCCUACAACAUCUUCGACGGCAUCAUCGUGGUCAUCAGCGUCUGGGAGAUUGUUGGCCAGCAGGGUGGCGGUCUCUCUGUGCUCCGCACCUUCAGGCUCAUGCGUGUUCUCAAGCUGGUGCGCUUCAUGCCGGCUCUGCAGAGGCAGCUGGUGGUGCUCAUGAAGACCAUGGACAACGUGGCCACUUUCUGCAUGCUGCUCAUGCUCUUCAUCUUCAUCUUUAGUAUUCUGGGGAUGCACCUGUUUGGUUGUAAGUUUGGCUCUGAAAGAGAUGGAGACACGCUGCCAGACAGGAAGAAUUUCGACUCUCUUCUCUGGGCCAUUGUCACAGUCUUCCAGAUCCUGACGCAGGAAGACUGGAACAAGGUCCUGUACAACGGCAUGGCCUCCACCUCUCCCUGGGCAGCUCUGUACUUCAUCGCGCUCAUGACCUUCGGGAACUAUGUGCUGUUCAACCUGCUGGUCGCCAUCCUGGUGGAGGGGUUCCAGACCGAGGAGGUCCCGAGGCGGGAGGACGUGGUUGGGCCUCUCAGCUGUAUUCAGCUGCCUGUGGACUCGGGGGGGGACGCCUCCAAGUCGGACUCUGAAGCAGAGUCCUACUCCCCGGGCUCGGAGAAGGGCCAGUCUGCCUCUGCCGCCAUGGUGCCGCUGAAUGGUCACUUGGAUUUGAAGAGCCGCCUGACCCCGCCCCUCAUCACCCACACUGCCGCCACACCCAUGCCUGUGCCCAGGAGUACAGGGGGGCUGGGGGAGCUGGCACUAGGCUCCGAGACCCGACGAGGAAGCAGCACCUCCGUCGAUCCUAACUGCUACGAUGUCAAGUCACCGCAGUGCAGUGCUCGCAGCUCCCCCUACGCCCCUUGGAGCACGGCGAGCAGCUGGAACAGCCGUCGAUCCAGCUGGAACAGCCUCGGCCGCGCCCCCAGCCUCAAGAGACAGAAGAGGCAGUCCGGGGAGAGGCGCUCGCUGCUCUCAGGGGAUGGCAAGUCCAGCUCGGAGGAGGGCGAGGGCUCGGAGGGGGAGGCGGGCUCCGUCAGCAGCUCUCUGCACCAGCAGGGGUCGUUCGACCUGCCGCCCGACACCCUGCAGGUACCCCACCACCUCUGCCGCUCCGCGAGCAUGCACAGCGCGCGCCCCCCGCUGGCUGAACACCAGGACUGCAAUGGGAAGAACUCAGCCCGGCUGCAGCAGUUCUCGAUGGACGAGCCGUGCAGCGAGGAGGAGAAUAUCGAGGAUGAUGGGAACAUGGGUCGCAGAGCCAGGCUACGCAGGUGGGCUCGGAAGCGGCAGCCCGCGUGGUGUCGGGAAAGAAGCAGCUGGGCCCUCUACAUCUUCCCACCACAGUCCAAGUUCCGGACGACGUGCAAUAAAAUCAUCUCUCACAAGAUGUUUGACCACAUCGUCCUGGUGAUCAUCUUCCUGAACUGCAUCACCAUCGCCAUGGAGAGGCCCAGGAUCGACCCUCACAGUGCGGAGCGAAUCUUCCUGACACUGUCCAACUACAUCUUCACUGUCAUCUUUCUGGCUGAGAUGAUGGUAAAGGUGGUCGCUCUGGGCUGGUUCUUUGGGGACCGGGCCUACCUGAAGAGCAGCUGGAACAUCCUGGACGGGCUGCUGGUCCUCAUCUCCAUCAUCGACAUCCUUGUCUCCAUGAUCUCCACCAGCGGCACCAAGAUCCUGGGCAUGCUCCGAGUGCUACGCCUGCUGCGGACCCUCCGCCCCCUCAGGGUGAUCAGUCGAGCUCCAGGGCUCAAGCUAGUGGUGGAGACUUUGAUGUCGUCCCUGAAGCCCAUUGGGAACAUCGUGGUGAUCUGCUGCGCUUUCUUCAUCAUCUUCGGCAUCCUGGGUGUGCAGCUCUUUAAAGGGAAGUUCUUUGUCUGCCAAGGGGAGGAAAUAAGGAAUGUCACCAACAAAUCAGACUGUCUGCUGAACAACUACAAGUGGGUCCGACACAAAUACAACUUCGACAACCUGGGCCAGGCUCUGAUGGCCCUCUUUGUCCUCGCCUCGAAGGACGGCUGGGUGGACAUAAUGUACGAUGGUCUGGACGCAGUGGGAGUGGACCAGCAGCCUGUCAUGAACUACAACCCCUGGAUGCUGCUCUACUUCAUCUCCUUCCUGCUGAUCGUCAGCUUCUUCGUGCUCAACAUGUUCGUGGGCGUGGUGGUGGAGAACUUCCAUAAGUGUCGCAAGCACCAGGAGGCGGAGGAGGCGAAGAUAAGAGAGGAGAAGCGGCUCCGGAGGAUGGAGAAAAAGAGACGGAGUAAGGAGACGCAGCAGACUGAAGCGCAGUGCAAACCCUACUACUCUGACUACUCCCCCUCCCGCCUCCUCAUACACAAGAUGUGCACCAGUCACUACCUGGACCUCUUCAUCACCGUGGUGAUUGGCCUCAACGUCAUCACCAUGGCAAUGGAGCACUACCAGCAACCCAAGGUUCUGGACGAAGCUCUCAAGAUCUGUAACUACAUCUUCACCAUCAUCUUCGUCCUCGAGUCUGUCUUCAAACUGGUUGCCUUUGGGUUCCGACGCUUCUUUAAGGAGAGGUGGAACCAGCUGGACCUGGCCAUCGUGCUGCUGUCCAUUAUGGGCAUCACCCUGGAGGAGAUUGAGGUGAACGCCUCCCUGCCCAUCAACCCCACCAUCAUCCGCAUCAUGAGGGUCCUGAGGAUCGCCAGAGUUCUUAAGCUGUUGAAGAUGGCUGUGGGAAUGAGAUCUCUGCUAGACACUGUAAUGCAGGCGCUACCACAGGUUGGGAACCUAGGCCUCCUCUUCAUGCUGCUCUUCUUCAUCUUCGCUGCUCUGGGUGUCGAGCUCUUUGGAGACCUUGUUUGUGAUGAUACCCAUCCUUGCGAGGGCCUAGGGAGACACGCAACUUUCCGCAACUUUGGCAUGGCGUUCCUCACCUUGUUCCGUGUCUCCACGGGAGACAACUGGAACGGAAUCAUGAAGGACACUCUGCGGGACUGUGCCCAGGACACUGGCACCUGCUACAACACGGUCGUGUCUCCACUCUACUUCGUGUCCUUCGUGCUUACAGCGCAGUUUGUGCUGGUCAACGUGGUGAUCGCCGUGCUCAUGAAGCACCUGGAGGAGAGCAACAAGGAGGCCAAGGAGGAGGCGGAGCUGGAGGCGGAGCUAGAGCUGGAGCUGCGCAGCAUCAGCAACCCGGCCCCUGUGACUGAGGGGCUUCCCUGGGCCAAUCGCAGACCGGACAGCCCCGACCCCGCCCCAGGCAAGGGAGACUCGCCCCUCUCGCUGGAGCCCCCGCUGCGGAGGUCCUUGUUUGACACAGUCUCCCUGCUGCUCCAGGGCUCCAUGGAAGGAGAGCUCACCCUCAUGGAUAACCUGUCUGGCUCUGUGUGUCACCACUACGCCCUGCCCCUGCCCGGCAAGUGCACCUCCGAGAAGCAGAUUCCUCUAGCGGAGAUGGAGGCUCUGUCUCUGACGUCUGACAUUCUGUCGGAGAAAUCGUGGUCCUUAGCUUUGACGGACGACUCUGUGCCUGACGAUAUUAACACUCUCUUACUAAAUACUCUGGAGAGCAAUGAGCUGGCCCCAGUGCUGCAGGGGAACCUGCUGUCUGUGCGGAAGCCCUCGGUGGGGCGUGCACACUCCCUGCCCAACGACAGCUACAUGUUCCAGACCCUCGACCCUGCAGCCUCCCCCAAGAGGGACCAGUCAGGCUCCACCACCUCAGUGCAGUCCCAGCCCACUGGCUCCAGCACCCAGCACCUGGCCGUACCUGUCCAGCUUUUCCGUCCCAUCAGCCCCCCAGGACACCCGGGCCCCUCGGACUGCGAGAGCAUUCCCAAGAUCCCCCCCCCUCGCCGCUCCUCCAGCACGCACCGGACUCUGCACAGACAGUCCAGCCUGGUCCAUUACAAACCAGACCCCCACAUUCUCCUGCGCCACAGAUACUCCUGCUUCUAACCCCACCCCCCCCCACCCCCUACCGCCUACCCCCUACCCCCUACCCCCUACCCCUACCCAUCGAGACUGGAAGCACUUCCCUGAGAGGUAUAUAUAGGGGGCACCAGAGAGAGUCAGCACAGGGGCCUUAGAGCCAAUUCUGACAUUCUGAAACCACACCCCCUUUCACAGCAUGGGGUUUUUACAUAGCAGACACUGCCACCAGCAGGCAAACCCAUAUUGUUUUGAAUGUAGGCCUCAUUUUGCGAUUGUUUUUAAUGUUAUUUUGUGUGUGCAAAAGGACAGAGUGCCCCCAGUGGUUGAAUGUUCUAGUUGCGGCAGUAGUUUGAAAGGGAAUGUCCGUCUGUCUGAACACCCCUUGCGUCAGCCCUCAGACUGAAGGAGAAAGAGGUAUAGAGCUGGCCUUGACUUUCUCUACCAUAGUGUAAUCUUCUAGUGUAAAGUGUUGGGACGAUAAUCAAUAUAUUGAUAAGAUUUCGAAGCAGGCAAGGAAAGCACAUACAUGAACUGGAGGUGCUUGUGUUGUGCAAAACAUGAGCUUGAUUCAGUGAAAGUAAUCCCACGUGUAUUAUUCCAAAUCUAUUUUUAAAUGAUUGUUUGAAAAACACACUUUUGUGAUGCGCUAUCAUGGUCAUUUUUAAGGGUAGAAUGCAGAAUAAGAAGCUAAAUCGUUACAUUCCAAUUCCAUUGUUCUAACACUAGCUGCUGCAUUGCCCCGUUGAAUCCAAUUAAAGAUGUUUUAAUCAACUACAUCGUCACUUUUAUAAUAAUCUGAUUAUUUGUUGCUUCUUCCUCGUUAAAAUUGAACUUUAAAGGUUUAAAAGCUUAUCAAAACCAUACCUCAAAAUAUCAUCACGGUCUUCUGCUGUUUUCCACAUUUAUUUGAAUUUUUAACAGGGGCACAACUUAUCCUGCCAGAGCUGUAUGUGCACUUCCCGUAAGGGGCCUGUGAGAGUGUGGCUAUGCUAACGGGAGUCAGGAACAUGUUUUAAAGCCUUGCAAUUCCACCUUCAACCCUACUGGAUAGAGCUCUUACGAUCUGUACAGUACAAUCCACAUUGUGUAGUGAUUGAAGAUUGUAGCAAAAGGCACUGGUGUUCUAGCACUAAAAUAAGUGUGACUGCAAGUUAAACUACACGCACACACAUGCACUCACACAUAUGCAUGCACGCACAGGCACACACACACAUAUGCACACACAUGCACACACACGCACAUGCACAUGCACGCAUACGCACACACACAUGCAUGCACGCACAGGCACACACACACAUGGAAUGGAAAUGAUACAAUGAUGACAUUAUUGAAUGUUAGGCAUUAAUAUGUGAGGGUUUCUUUACUUUCUAAUGAAGUAUACCACAUCUAAAUUAAAUAACAGUUUAUGACACUGCUAUAGCUAUACCUUAUAAUGACCAUGGCGGCGUCAUAGUUUUGAUUUAAUGCAGACCCCAGUCGGCUCAAAAACAAUUCAUUACACUUUAAAUUGGAGGAGAAAACUGCAACCCAUCCUAUAAUGAUGGAAAAUAAUAGAGGCCGAUACACAGGUUAUACAGUACGUGCAAUAUGGCCCUGCGGCUGCCAUAUACACAGGUUAGAAUAGAGUUACAGUACGUGCGUGCGGGUCUUUCUCACACAUGCCUAUCUGAGUCUGCAUGAUGAACUCUGAACAGACAUGUGGUGCCCCCCCCCCCCUCAACCCAACCCUCUCCCUCUCCAAAAGCACCCCCUGCAGUAGAUCAGUGGGGGAAAUGCUUGGGAUUGGAUUCUUUAUUCUGUUUAAUAGCCUAUUCUGCAUUGCUGUUUCUGCUCAGAUCAUCGUUAAUCAGGCACACUGUCUCUGCAUCUUCUGAAAGCUAUAUUUCUGAAAUGCCCACCAAGGCUUGUGCUGCUGUAUUUCCUGUUGGUUUAGGAAACAGAAAAUCACCAUGUAUACUCAGAGCUGCACAGCCCAUGAGAAUUAAGCACAAACAAUGCCAUAGAAUGACAGACAAUGCAUGUAAUAGAUAUUAAACAGGUAAGAAAUGCAUGUUCUGGCAGCGUAGAGGAGUAUUGCUAUGUGUCUGCACUGCAAUGUGAGUCCACCUCACACUCCCAGAGCAAGACUCCACAUCCAUCUGCAGCAGAGGUUUAUGCUGGGUUAUACAGCAGAAUCAGGUAGAUAACUCCAGCAUGGUUCACAUUCUUCUAUAUGAGUCGACUGGCAGUCUGGCCCUGGUGGGUUGAUAAAUCGUACAUUAUAAAUGCAUGUGUAUUUACAAUGUAAUAAAAAGACGACUUAAAAUGUAUUUACACAUGUUGUUAUAUAGUAUUAACAUAGUCUAAUUAUUAACGCCACUUCACAUUUUUCGUGGGGUCUCUUUCACUUGCAUUCUAAAUAAGGGGAAAGAAUCCAGGGAUUUCCCACCCACUAACCUGUCUCCCUUUCACUCCCCUGCCUCCAUCCCCAUCUUCUAACCGUCCCCUAACACCCUCCAGGUAGCGGUAAUCAAUGACUCCUCAGAGACUCUGUACACUGAGAGCAAGGAAGCAGCCCAGCCCCCCCAGCAGAACGAACUGUCCUCAGCAGGACUUGCCUCCCCUGCCGUGC